AUGGCGCGCGAGGGUUGCGUACUCGCGGCCGUCAUGGAUCCUUACACGCAGCGGGGUCAGCUUCCGAGGCUUCCGCCGCACUACCAGUCGUACGCGGCGGUUGACGGCCCGCUGUGUGCGAUCGUCGUGCGCCGGCCGCCUUUCGACGUUUUCCCAACGCACGUGUCGCGGCUGGUAGUGGCGGUGGAGUGCUCAUCGCGCGACCUCGCGAUUACGGUCGUGGCCGCGUACGCGCCGCCCCACAGGACGAUGGACGACGUAUUUGAACAUCUUGCGCACGCCCUUGACCGUUGUCGCACACCCGACAUCUUGGUCAUGGGCGACUUCAAUGCGCACAGCGUCCUGUGGGGCCCUCGCGAGGGAGACGACAGGGGCACUCGACUCAUUGAGUUCGCGGCGACUGCGGGCCUUGUCAUCAUCAACGACGCGUCCUCGCCACCGACGUAUGUUACAAAAUACGUCGAUAGCUGGAUUGAUGUCACCCUCGCAUCGCCGACGCUCGUGCGACGCGGAUGCACGUGGCGAGUCUCCGACCAGGAGACGUUAUCAGAACACCGCCGCAUAGAUAUCACCGUCCACACCGGCGCGGGCGCGACUGGCAGACGCCUCACCACUUACGGCAGGCGACUAUGGCUAGAGACUGUCCGCAACUCGCGGUGGUUUGCGAGCGCGGCAGGCGCGGACAUCGCCUCGCCGGCUGCCCUGGACGUGGUUCUCGCGACCUUUUAUAAGGUUAUGGAUCGCGAGCGCAUCAAACAACUGCGACCGGCGCGCGAGCGAAGGGGGGCGGGCGGCCAGUCGUGGUGGACGCCCGAGCUGAACGGCCGACGCAAACAGGUCAAUGCGAUGCGGCGCCGUUUUCAGCGGUGUCGCUGUGAUCAACUGCGGGCCCUCUUUCGCGUGGAAUACAGCAGGGCGCUGGCACAGUACCGCCGCGAGGUGGCGCGCGCGAAGGAGGCGGCGGAUAGGGAGGUCUGCGACCGGUGCAGCCGGCGGUCGCUUUUUCAGGCCCCCUUCCGCCUGGCUUUCGGGGAUGCACGAUCGCGCAUGAUGCUGCCUCCACUGACGAGGCCGGAUGGCGGCCGGACGGCGAGCGUCCUAGAGUCGGCAUCCAUCUUGCUCGACCAUCUUUUCGAGCGCGACAGGGUCGAGACGGACGCGCCCACACACGCCGAGAUUCGAGCGGCGGUUGACCAGCCGUACGCCACGGUAGAGAGGGAGCGGCCGUUCUCGCAGGGCGAGAUCCAAACCGUGCUCAGUAGAAUGCCACGCAGCUCCGCGCCGGGUCCGGAUGGCCUAACGACCGAGGCCGUCUGCGACAUAUUCGCCGCGCACCCGCGCUUCACGUGCAUGAUCUUGAACGCGGCGCUGAGUGAGGACCCAGAUGAAGCCUUUGCUGUUGACGACGGGUGCCCGGCAGGCCCGCUCGAGUGUCGCAGGGCGGAAGACGAUAAUGUUGAAGACGACGAUGAGGACGACGAUGACAAGGAGCUGUGCCCCGAGGACUUCCUUCCACCCGCCAGUUGGAGCACGGACGUGUCAGCAGUGUCGUCACCCCUACCAAAGGUGUCGGUGCUCCCAUGCCGCUGCUCCAAGUGA